AUGGCGGAGAAGGUGAUGGUGAGCAUAAGGGAGUCAACAAUGGUGAGGCCAGCCGAGGAGUCCGCGCCUCGGGGCUCCCUGUGGCUCUCCAAUUCAGACCUAGCGUUCCCACCCUUUCACACGUCCAGUGUUUACUUUUACAGAUCUAGUGGUGAGCACAACUUUUUUGACAAGGGAGUGCUCAAGCAGGCCCUCGGCAAGGCCCUUGUGCCCUUCUACCCCAUGGCCGGUCGCUUCAAGCUCAACGACCAGAACGGCCGUGUGGAGAUUGAUUGCAAUGCGGAGGGAGUGGUCUUUGUUGUAGCGGAGAGCAGCUCUGCUGUUGAUGAUUUUGGUGAUUUUGCGCCUACUCCCGAUUUCCUGACACUAAUCCCUUCAAUUGAUUACUCUGCUGGGAUAUCCUCAUAUCCGAUUUUGGCGUUACAGAUCACGUACUUCAAAUGCGGUGGUGUGUCACUUGGUGUUGGCAUGGAUCACCGCGUUGCAGAUGGAGUUUCUGGUCUCCACUUUGUAAAUACAUGGUCUGAUAUUGCUCGUGGUGAUCUCUCAAAUAUUAAACCGCCCUUCAUGGACAGGACAUUACUUCGUGCCCGAGACCCACCUCAGCCUGCAUUCCCCCACAUUGAAUACCAACCUUCUCCACAAAUGAAACCUUCUGAUAAUCUGAAAAGUACAAGUAAUAUUACUACGUCCAUUUUUAAAUUGACGAAGAAGCAGCUCAACAUCUUGAAAGACAAGUCUAAGGAAGAUGGCGGGAAUAAUAUUAAUACAAUCAACUAUAGCUCAUUUGAGAUGUUGGCAGGUCAUAUUUGGAGAUGUGCUUGCAAGGCACGUAAACUUCCGGAUGAUCAAGACACCAAACUACUCAUUGCCACCGAUGCACGGUCCAGAUUGCAACCCCCACUCCCACCUCAUUUCUUUGGCAAUGCUGUUUUCAGAACCACACCAAUUGCUGUUGCAGGGGAUCUCCAAUCGAAGCCAACAUGGUAUGCUACAAGCUUUGUUCAUGAUGCUUUGGUGCGCAUGGAUGAUGAUUAUUUUAGAUCAGUCCUUGACUAUCUUGAGCUUCAUCAUCCUUGUCUUUCUGAACUUAUUACGGGGCCUCCGUCGAUUUGUUGCCCAAAUCUUCGCAUAAACAGUUGGGCUAGGAUGCCGAUUCAUGAUGCCGAUUUUGGUUGGGGUCGACCCAUUUUCAUGGGGCCUGGUGCAAUUCCAUUUGACGGGAUGUCUUUCUUGUUACCAAGUGCAACAAAUGAUGGGAGUUUAUCACUGGUCAUUUCUCUGAAAUCCGAGGACAUGAAAUCAUUUUCCACGUUGUUCUAUGACAUAUAAUUAAGGAAAUGAGACCGUUGGAGAAAUUUGGUCAUGUUCGGAUUGAAACGCUGUCCUCUUCUUCACCUCUACGGUUGUUCAACUUUGAAGCUGUGUAUUGGUUUGUACACGUUGCUUGAUUGAGUAUUACAAGCUUUGUUUCAGAAGCCAUGAAUGUAUUGGUGCAUGUGGUGGACUUUCUGUCCACCAUGCUUGCUGUGUUUUAUUGUGAUUCUUAA